AUGUUCGAGGACACUUCCACCACUGUUCGGGGGAGAAGAUGUGUAGCUGCAGGUUGCAGCAUGACUAAAACAGAGACAAAUGGAAUUAGUUUGCACUAUUUCCCCUUUGAUAGGCCACAGAUUCUAAGACAGUGGACUUCAAUUGUGCAAAGAAACAGGAAAAAAUGGAGCGGCCCGACCGAACACUCAGUGUUGUGCUCGCUGCAUUUUUCAGAGGACUCCUACCCUCCGAAGUUCAGAUUGAUGGCUACAAUGGGCAUUCCCUGUAAGCAGAAAGAACUUGAGAGAGAUGUCGUACCACCAAGAAAUCCUCAGCUGACUAUAAAUCUCCCAGAAAAGCAACCCAUUGUCCUUGACUCGGAGGAAUUGUUGCCCAAUUAA